AGGAAGAACAACAAAUCCCUCUCUCUCUCUCUCUCUCUCUCUCUCUCUCUCAAUCGUCUACAUUAUCAUCAUCACCACCACCACUUACUGUGAGACAUCCUCUCGAUUUUAGUAUUUUCACUAUUGAAAUCUGAAGACACCUCUCAAAUCUAUUCAAUCUGCUUCUUUUCCCCCAAAAGUCUGGAGAAAAAAAGUUUCAUUCUGGGUUUAAUUCUUCCUUCUACGAUUUCGUUCUGAGAAUAGGAACAAAUCGUGAUCUCGAUUGAAGGGUCUGUAGUGUUUGAGUUUUGAAGGAUCAUCAUUGCAGAAAGAGAUCAUCUUUCGUCAACCUACCUGCUCAAAUCUAGGUUUCUUAAAGUUCAAUCAAUGGAGGAUUGAUUAGAUUUCAAGGGUUCCAGAUUCGAAUAAUGUACUCGAAGCAGUUCAUCCUCUCCUUCUCCCUCCUCCUCUCCCUCCCAAUCAUCUUCUUCAUCUUCAUCGCCCCACAUGUCUUCCCCUCCCCACCCACCGAGCCCCUCAUCCCAAUCUCCGACGAAAUCUCCGACCAAACCCUCUUCUCCUCCGCCGCCGCCUCGACCUCCCUCUCCCACCUCUCCUCCGGCUACCCAAACCCCAAGCUCAAGAUCGCCUUCCUCUUCCUCACCAACUCCGACCUCCACUUCGCCCCGAUCUGGGACCGAUUCUUCUCCGCACACCCCAAAUCCCUCUACAACGUCUACGUCCACGCGGACCCCUUCGUAAACAUCACGCGCCCCCAAAAAGGCUCCGUCUUUGCAAACGCAUUCAUCGCAAACGCGAAACGCACCGCUCGCGCGUCACCGACUCUCAUCUCCGCGACGCGCCGCCUCCUCGCAACGGCCUUCCUCGACGACCCCGCCAACACUUACUUCGCAGUCCUCUCACAGUACUGCGUCCCUCUACAUUCCUUCAGCUACGUCUACACCUCCCUCUUCGAAUCCGCAACGUUCGAUAAGUCCGACCCGGAUCCGAGUCCGAGAGGCGUCCGGGUCCUGUUCCGGACCUUCAUCGAGCUCAUCUCCGACGAGCCGAGGCUCUGGAAACGGUACAACGCUCGGGGGAGGUACGCUAUGCUCCCCGAGGUUCCGUUUGAGAAGUUCAGAGUUGGUUCGCAGUUCUUUGUCAUGACGAGGAGACAUGCGUUGUUGACUAUCAAAGAUCGGGUCUUGUGGAGGAAGUUUAAGCUUCCUUGUUAUCGUUCUGACGCUUGUUACCCCGAGGAGCAUUAUUUUCCGACGCUGUUGAAUAUGAAGGAUCCGGAUGGGUGUACUGGGUAUACCUUGACUCAGGUUAACUGGACUGGCACUGUGAAAGGGCAUCCUUAUACUUAUAGACCCAAGGAAGUGGUGCCGGAGUUGAUUAAGAGACUCAGGAGGUCUAGCCACUCGAGUUCUUACCUUUUUGCACGCAAGUUUACCCCUGAUUGCUUGAAGCCGUUGUUGGCCAUUGCGGACUCGGUGAUUUUCAGAGAUUAAGUUUUUGCCAAGGAAAAAAGUUUUGGUGAUUUCUCGCCUGCAAGCAAGUGACGUGAGAAAAUUAGAGUACAUUUUUGGACCGGAUGAGUAUUUACGCAGGUGGGUUGAAGAGCAAAAAUCACAUUCAGGAGUAAGAAGAGGCAAGGCGAAACAAUCCUUGGGAGGCUUGAAACAAAAUAAACCAGUUUCAGUGGUACUUCAAGCGCACCCUUGUGAGUUGUUGUCACAUUAUAUAUCACACGAAAACUAAGAUUAAGCCACUUUGAGAUUAUCCAAGUUGUAAUUUUUAUAAAUUUUUUGGUUCUUUUGGAUCUGGUGCUGUACAUAAGCAGAGAUUUUUUUUACCCCCAAGGUGUGGGGGGUCUGUACCAUUAUGAUUGUGUCAAGGAAAUCUAUGAAGAGAACAUGCUAUUUU